CCCACCCCCUUCCCGGUGCCUGUAGACGCGGCUGUAGCUGCUGCUGCCUGCGGAGCUGAUCUGCGUCUGUGGACGGCUCCCCUCUGGCGCUCUUGGGUUUCUCCUGUUUCCUUCACUGAGAAUGAGUCCCUGCGCUGCUGUGUGUCGACCCCGCGGAGACCACCGGCGCAGUUUCAUCUAGCGACUGGUCAUCCUUGCAAUUAUGGAUUUUUAAACAGAUCAGACAGUGUGGAGGGGGAGUCCCCUCCUCACUCCCCCUUGGUGCUCGACUCCAGGAAUAAUUUAUAGACUGUGGAAUUUUUAAAUGAAGAACUUAUAUUUGAUAUGAACUUUAUAGAGCUAUUUAUAAUUUUUUGAUUUAAGUGCCAAAAAAUUGUACAAAGAUAUAUAGUUUUGUAUUAAUGCUGUGAGGAUUUACAUUAUUAUCCAAAAAGGGCCAUUUAUUCUCUGAUUCUUCCUAGAUAGCACUUUGUGUCCUGGCUUCUUCAUUUUUUGAAAUUAGUCUUAACUGGCUAUUCUGAAGAAGUCAGCAGUAUAAAAGUGAUUAGGAUGAAUUCUUCCAUCCCUGACUGCACAUCAAAGUGUCAGUCACUGAAACAUGCUUUGGAUGUCAUUUCUGUGGUAACAAAGGGGAGUGAAAACCAGAUUAAAGCUUUUCUCUCUAGUCAUUGUUACAAUGCUGCAACUAUCAAAGAUGCCUUUGGAAGGAAUGCCCUCCACCUGGUUUCCUCCUGUGGAAAGAAAGGAGUGUUAGAUUGGCUGAUCGAGAAAGGAGUGGAUCCAUUAGUGAAAGACAAGGAGUCGGGCUGGACAGCAUUGCACAGAAGCAUUUUUUAUGGACAUAUUGAUUGUGUUUGGUCUCUAUUAAAGCAUGGUGUUAGUCUGUAUAUUCAAGAUAAAGAAGGCUUGUCAGCUUUGGAUCUUGUAAUGAAGGAUAGACCAACUCAUGUAGUAUUCAAGAAUACUGAUCCCACAGAUGUCUAUACUUGGGGUGACAAUACAAAUUUUACUCUGGGGCAUGGAAGCCAGAAUAGCAAGCAUCAUCCUGAGCUGGUGGAUCUUUUCUCCAGGAGUGGUGUUUACAUCAAGCAGGUGGUGCUUUGUAAAUUUCACUCAGUCUUUCUGUCCCAGAAAGGGCAAGUUUAUACCUGUGGUCAUGGCCCUGGAGGACGUUUAGGACAUGGAGAUGAACAGACAUGCUUGGUCCCCAGACUUGUGGAAGGACUGAGUGGUCAUAAUUGUUCCCAAGUGGCAGCUGCUAAGGAUCAUACUGUUGUAUUAACUGAAGAUGGAUGUGUUUAUACAUUUGGUCUAAAUAUUUUUCAUCAAUUGGGAAUUAUUCCUCCACCUGCCAGUUGUAAUGUCCCCAGACAGAUGCAGGCAAAAUAUCUGAAAGGAAGGACAAUCAUUGGGGUAGCAGCAGGCAGGUUUCACACAGUGCUCUGGACACGAGAAGCUGUUUACACUAUGGGACUCAAUGGUGGACAACUAGGGUAUUUGCUAGAUCCCAAUGGAGAAAAGUGUGUAACUGUUCCUCGUCAAGUUUCUGCUCUUCAUCAUAAGGACAUUAGUGUGUCUUUGGUUGCUGCAAGUGAUGGGGCCACUGUCUGUGUUACCACCAGGGGAGAUAUUUAUUUACUUGCAGACUACCAGUGCAAGAAAAUGGCAUCUAAACAACUGAACUUGAAAAAGAUUCUUGUAUCUGGGGGUCGUAUGGAAUACAAGGUUGAUCCUGAACAUUUGAAAGAAAAUGGGGGUCAGAAAAUUUGCAUUCUUGCAAUGGAUGGAGCUGGAAGGGUGUUCUGCUGGAGAUCAGUUAGCAGUUCUCUGAAGCAGUGUCGAUGGGCCUAUCCACGCCAAGUCUUCAUUUCUGAUAUUGCUUUAAAUAGAAAUGAAAUUCUGUUUGUCACACAGGAAGGGGAAGGAUUUAAAGGGAAAUGGUUUGAAGAAAAACGAAAGAGUUCUGAAAAGAAAGCAGAGAUUUUAUCAAACCUUCAUAAUUCCUCAUCAGAUGUGUCUUGUGUCUCUGAUAUAAAUAGUGUGUAUGAAAGAAUUCGACUUGAGAAACUCACUUUUGCCCAUAGAGCUGUUAGUGUCAGCACAGAUCCAAGUGGAUGUAAUUUUGCAAUCCUGCAGUCAGAUCCUAAAACAAGCCUUUAUGAAAUUCCAGCUGUGUCCUCAUCAUCCUUUUUUGAAGAGUUUGGCAAACUGUUGAGGGAAACAGAUGAAAUGGACAAUAUCCAUGAUGUGACAUUUCAAGUUGGCAAUAGAAUCUUCCCUGCACAUAAAUAUAUUUUGGCAGUCCGUUCUGACUUUUUCCAGAAAUUGUUUCUUUCAGAUGGUACUACAUUAGAAUUUACAGAUAUUUACCGAAAAGAUGAAGAUUCCGCAGGAUGCCAUCUUUUUGUGGUAGAGAAGGUUCAUCCUGACUUGUUUGAAUACCUUUUACAGUUUGUGUACACAGAUACUUGUGACUUUUUAACUCAUGGCUUCAAACCAAGAAUACACUUAAACAAAAAACCAGAAGAGUAUCAGAGUACUCUGAAUUCUCAUAUGAAUAAAAUGAAUUGUCAUGAAGAUGAUAAUCAGAACUCAACAUUAGAAAUGUUUGAAAAUCAAGCUCAUACAGUUGGUGAAAGACAGAAAAGCAAACAAAAAUCUUCUAGGAAAGGAAAAGGUGCUGGCGAAGAUGAUCCUGUAAGAAUGUUGCAAAAUGUUGCAAAGAAGUUUGGCUUCAGUAAUUUGAGUAGUAGGUUAGAUGGAGUCAGAUUUGAAAAUGAGAAAGUUAAUGUGAUUGCCAAGAAAACUGGUAACAAACUGAAGCUAAGUCAGAAAAAAUGUUCAUUUCUGUGUGAUGUGACCAUGAAAUCAGUGGAUGGAAAGGAAUUUCCUUGUCAUAAGUGUGUUCUUUGUGCUAGACUUGAAUAUUUUCAUAGCAUGCUGAGUAGCUCAUGGAUUGAGGCUUCCAGUUGUGCAGCUCUGGAAAUGCCAAUACAUUCUGACAUACUGAAAGUUAUUUUGGACUACCUCUAUACUGAUGAAGCAGUGGUGGUUAAAGAAUCUCAAAAUGUGGAUUUUAUUUGUCGUGUUCUUGUGGUAGCUGAUCAGCUUCUCAUAACUCGAUUGAAAGAAAUUUGUGAAGUGGCAUUAACUGAGAAACUUACCCUUAAAAAUGCUGCUAUGCUACUGGAAUUUGCAGCAAUGUAUAAUGCUGAACAAUUGAAGCUAUCUUGUUUACAGUUUAUAGGAUUGAAUAUGGCAGCUUUACUUGAAGCAAGGUCUCUUGAUGUUUUAAGUGAGGAUGUCUUAAAGGAUCUUUCUGUGUUCUACCGAAAAAUGAUUCCAGCAAUGGAUAGAAGAAUCAUUACACCAUAUCAAGAUGGCCCAGAUAUUAGCUGUUUGGAAGUAGAAGAUGGAGAUAUUUUUUUGAAAGAAGAAAUGAAUGUGGAACAAAAUUAUUCGGAAACUAUGUUCAAGAAGGCAAAAACAAAAGCUAAAAAGAAGCCACGUAAGCGUUCAGAUAGCUCUGGAGGUUAUAACCUUUCAGAUAUUAUUCAGAGUCCACCUGCUACAGGAUUGUUAAAAGCUGGUAAGACCAGUUCUGUGGACUCCCUUCCAGAACUAUUGACGUCAGACUCUGAAGGAAGCUACGUAGGACUGGGUAGUCCUAGAGAUUUACAGUCCCCUGAUUUUACAACAGGAUUUCAUUCGGAUAAAAUUGAGGGGAAAGUUAAACCAUAUGUUAAUGGUAUACCUGCUACUCAUUUUAGGGAAAAUCUUAAACCAGGGGAAAAGUCACCAGGACUUAAAAUAUCUGCCCCACAGCCCAUUCCCAGUUACAGAAUUGAUAAUACAAGCUCUUCCAGUUGGGUUACUGGCUCUUUCAGUCCUGUCAGCCCUCCUGUCGUGGAUCUCAGAACCAUCAUGGAAAUAGAAGAAAGUAGACAAAAAUGUGGAGCUACACCAAAAUCAAAUUUGGGCAAAGUGAUUUCUCAUGGAGUUAAGCUUUCUCAGAAGCAACGAAAAAUGAUUGCACUGACUACCAAAGAAAACAAUGCAGGAGGGAACAGCAUGGAGACAGUUUUAACUCCUCCUUCAAAAGCCCCCAAACCAGUGAAUGCAUGGACUACUUCUCUGCAUACAGUUUCAUCCAAGUCAUUCCGGGAUUUCUUACCAGAAGAAAAGAAAUCUGUUACUGGACAUAGUUUAGGAGAUUAUGUCAAGAAAGUUUCUAUUAAAGGAAUUGAAUAUUCUCAGGCAUCAAAAAUUGUAAGAGGCUCUCCCCAUGGUACUCCAGGACCAGAAUGCAACCAUAUUUCAGAUUUACCUCUUCUAGACAGUCCCAAUCCCUGGCUAUCUUCUUCAGUGACUGCUCCUUCAGUAGUAGCUCCAGUCACUUUCGCAUCUAUUGUAGAAGAAGAGCUACAACAGGAAGCAGCUCUUAUCAGAAGUCGAGAAAAACCCUUGGCUCUUAUUCAGAUUGAAGAGCGUGCAAUACAAGAUUUGUUGGUUUUCUAUGAGGCAUUUGGCAACCCUGAUGAGUUUGUCAUUGUUGAAAGGACACCGCAGGGACCACUAGCAGUACCUAUGUGGAAUAAGCAUGGAUGCUAGUUCACUGUGGAGUUGAGAUGCAGUUUUCAUAAUUGUGAUUGUUAUAAUAGUAUAAAGAAAAUCUGUGGAAAAAGUUCUUACAGAUUUGGUAACGGAUCAUUCUAAAUAGAAUAAGAAGCAUAUGAUGUUUGUAUGAUUGAAAUGAAAUUAAUCAGAAUUGUGAUUUUAGUAACUUUUUAGGUAAAAAUGUGUGAAAGGAAAACUUAUUAGGUUAAGAUUAAAUAGAAUUGUUUCUUAAUGAUCUUACAAAGGAAAAUAUGAGUGGAGUGUAAAAUUUUAACAGUUGUAUGUUAAAAAUAACUUCUGAGAAUUUGAGAUCAAUAAUUUAGAAGAUUUUGCCAAAUACCUGUUGUCACUGUGCUUUUUAAAAUAUGGCACUGAUGAACUUAAAGUAGGAGCACCAGUUAUUAUUUCACUUGGGACUCAUUUCUUCUCCAUUUUGCAUUAAGCAAAGGAUCACAAUGGGAAGGAAAAAGGAACUCUGAGCUGUUCAGGAUAUUUUAGAACAAUAGUUUCUUUAUAAGAUUUGGAGUCAUUGUAUGGAUUGAUUUCUUUGUGGGGAGGGAGGACUUUAUUAAACUUAAUUGUGAAAUAAUUUCUCCAAAUAUUAAAAUUUUCUAAAAUAAAUUCCUAAUUAAAUUCAUAUAGGAGUUGAACAGUUUGGAAAAGAGUUAGUAUAUAAUUACUGUUACCUUAGCGUAUAAUCAGAAGUUCUCUGAGCCUGGAAAAUAUUUAGAGACAUAAAAUUUACUUUUUUUUCUUCACAGUAUACUGUUUGGUUUGUUUUUGAGUGUUUAACUUUUCAAAAACAAAUGUUAAAUCUGUGUUCCAGUACCAACAUAAAUUGGAAAGCUUAAUGUUCUAGUUUCUGGAAGAUAAACCCAAGGCAACAUACAAGUAAUUCACUGCAAUAAUUCAGUUGAUGGAAAAAUGACUGAAACUAACUCAGAAUUUCCAGCUUUAGCCCUACUGAAAAUGCAGCAGGCAUGUAAGCAAAUGUGCAAUAAAAAUAAUCUUGAUUCAUUUCA